CCUCGUCCUCUCCCAUCCGCCACAAUCCCGCUCUUUUUCUAGACAAUCGGACCGACGAACAACUGCAAAUAUGGCACCAUCAGCGUCGAAACAAAAGCGCCUCGCCGAGAAGGCGGCGAAGCAGUCCGCGAAGGGCAAGGGCGCGACGGAUGCGUCCACCACGACUGGCACCUCGACCCCGUCUGGCUCUGUGAACGGCUCGUCGGUGAACACCCCGCUUACGAACACCUCGGCGGCGACGAGCCAUGAGGACCUCAACUCGAUGGCGAAGCUCCAAAUUGCGACUGAUCGGAGUGCGGCCGGUGUGCUCGUAUCUGACACCAAGGGCCGCGACAUCAAGAUCGACUCGUACACCCUCUCUUUCCACGGCCGGCUCCUCAUCGAGGGCGCCGAGAUCUCCCUGAACUACGGCCAGCGAUAUGGUCUCCUUGGCGAGAACGGUUCCGGAAAGUCAACAUUAUUGCAAUCCAUCGCCGAGCGCGACAUUGCCAUCCCGGACCACAUCGAUAUCUACCUUGUCAGCGGCGAAGCGGAGCCGUCAGACGUGAAUGCGAUCGACUACAUCGUUGCCUCUGCGAAAGCGAAGGUUGCGAAGCUCGAGGCGCGCAUCGAAGAGUUGUCUAUCGCAGAUGACAUCGACGAGGUCGCGCUCGACCACCUGUACGAGGAGCUGGAGGAGAUGGACCCGUCCACCUUCGAGGCGAAAGCGGGCUCGAUUCUUCACGGUCUGGGCUUCACGCAGGUCAUGAUGCACAAGCCCACGAAGGACAUGUCCGGUGGAUGGCGGAUGCGUGUCGCGCUUGCGCGCGCACUCUUCGUCAAGCCGCAUCUCCUGCUGCUCGAUGAGCCCACUAACCAUCUCGAUCUCGAGGCCGUCGUGUGGCUGGAGGCGUACCUGUCCAUGUACAACCACAUCCUCGUCAUCACGUCGCACUCGCAGGAUUUCAUGGACACCGUCUGCACGAACAUCAUGGACCUCACGUCGAAGAAGAAGCUGCAGUACUACGGUGGUAACUACACGACCUACGUGCGCACGAAGUCCGAGAACGAGGUCAACCAGAUGAAGGCGUACCAGAAGCAGCAGGAUGAAAUUCAGCACAUCAAGAAGUUCAUCGCCUCGGCUGGUACCUACGCGAACUUGGUUAGGCAGGCCAAGUCGAAGCAGAAGAUCAUCGACAAGAUGGAGGCUGCGGGCCUCAUCGAGAAGAUCGAGAUUGGCAAGCCGCUCCGCUUCAACUUCGAGGACGUCACGCGGCUGCCCCCGCCUAUCCUCGCAUUCGACGACGUUGCGUUCUCCUACUCUGGCAAGAAGGAGGACUACCUUUACCAGAACUUGUCUUUCGGUAUUGACAUGGACUCUCGCAUUGCCAUUGUCGGACAAAACGGUACCGGAAAGUCAACCCUGCUCAACUUGAUCACCGGCGCUCUGCAGCCGUGCGCAGGUACCGUCUCACGGCACGUCGGCCUCAAGCUUGCGAAGUACUCGCAGCACUCGGCGGACCAGCUCCCGUACGACAAGAGCCCGAUCGAGCACCUGCAGUCGAUGUACCACGAAAAGUUCCCCGAGAAGGACAUCCAGGCCUGGCGUGCACAGGUCGGUCGCUUCGGUCUCACUGGUGCGCAUCAGACCUCGGCGAUCAAGCAGCUCUCGGACGGUCUCCGGAACCGUGUUGUGUUCGCACAACUCGCGAUGGAGCACCCGCACAUCCUCCUGCUCGAUGAGCCUACGAACCAUUUGGACAUGGCAUCGAUCGACGCUCUCGCGACCGCGAUCAAGGAGUACGCCGGUGGUGUCGUUAUCGUCUCCCACGACUUCCGUCUCAUCUCGCAAGUUGCGGAGGAGCUCUGGGAGGUCAAGAACCGCAAGAUCGAGAACUUGACGAAGAAGGACAUCACGAUCGUCGACUACAAGAACAUGCUCGUCAAGAACAGUCAAGCAGCGCUCGAGAAGGCGAAGCUAUUCAGCAAGUCGGCCGGCAAAGGAAAGGCGUAAAUGCGCCUGCACCCCGCCCCACCUCCGCCCUGCCCUUUGUCUAUACAUGCGCUUGUGACGACCGUUGUACGCCCAGCAUCCCACCCCCGCACGAACCCUCUGUAGCAGCAGCCCGCAUCGUUUGUUUUCGUAGCCGUAGUAGCACUAGUAGCACCGUGUACGCGCGUCGCGAGACGUCUGUAGAAGAAUCUCACAACACACCCCGCACAUCGUUACGACCUCUGCAUGUAUUCCGACGCAAUCUCAUAGAGCGCAGCCUCCCUUUUUUCUUGC